AUGACUGAUACGGCUACGACUACUACUGCGGCAUUGCCAACCGUCACUCUUUCACCUGACGGCUCAUGCGGUGGUGAAAGUGGAAAUGUUUCACACGCCCAUGUUCAUUACUGGAAGGUGUUGCUAAUCUCUACCGGUACAGGAUAUACCUGCGAGCCUUCAGACUGCUGCAGUGAAAGUGGAUAUUGUGGUAACACUUCCGACUUCUGCGGUGUGGGAUGCCAGUCAGCGUUGUUUUGA